UGCCAGCAGCCCCUCUCUUGGCUCCUUGACAUGAGCACCAUAUAAGGCGCAGCGAUCUCCAUAGAAACGUGUCAGUUUCAAUAGUAGUGUCAAAGUUCACUAUAUACAGACAUUCGCGCAGAUCCCCGUUUCGGAAACAUUGCUCUGCUGGUCUUCCCGUUUAAACGCAUUCAUUUUUGGGUCUCUCCUUCUUGCAUAUUCUAUUAGUUGUUGUUUUUUCUUUUUAUCUUUUCUCUUUCGCUCCAUUCCUGCUGGAGAGGUGAAACUACAGGGGCACUUCGACGACGCCGUUUUUGUUGGUCCAGAUGAGUUUUAUUUUGAAAAUAUAGACAUAAAAUUCCGCUCUUCAGCUUUUUCCUCUCUUCCACCAGUGAAGACAGGAGUAAGGAGCAAGGAAGAAAAGAAGGGGAUUUAUUUCACCGCAGACUCUGGAUCGCGUGUGUUUUAUAUAUAUUUCAUUUUUAUUUCUGCGUCUCGGUGAAUCGGUCCUGCCUCCUCACUGGUUAUUUUAAACCAAACUGUAAUUUGUUACCUCUCGUUCGCUCUUUUUUUCCAAGAUUGGGUUCCUGAAUGGCUGACUGCAAUCUACCUUGGAACUGGCCUCCCGACACUUGCAUAUCCUGAUCGGGUGUCUCUUUUCUAUCGCCACUUUAUAUUUUGAAUGUAUUGAUCGUCCUGUGCUUACACUUUAUCCUAUGUGAUCGCCUGCGCCGAUUUAACUCUGCACAGCCGUGUGUCUGAAAUUUCCUCUUUUUCCACUUACAAAAAUCCCAGCGAUCCGUUCGCUUUAUAGCACUUUUCGGGCCCGAGAUAUGGCAAUGGUAGUUAGCGUCUGGCGAGAUCCGCAGGAAGACGUGGCCGGAGGAACUCCGAGCGGCCCGAAUCCAGCAGCUCAGCCGGCGAGGGAGCAACAGCAGGCGGCGUCGGCAGCACCACACACUCCGCAAACCCCUAGUCAGCCGGGACCCCCUUCAACGCCAGGGACUGCUGGUGACAAGGGACAGAGCCAAAAUUCUGGACAGAGUCAACAGCAUAUUGAAUGUGUGGUUUGCGGAGACAAAUCUAGCGGCAAGCACUACGGUCAGUUCACCUGCGAGGGAUGCAAAAGUUUCUUCAAGAGGAGUGUCCGGAGGAACUUAACGUAUACAUGUCGUGCCAACAGGAACUGUCCUAUCGACCAGCACCAUCGCAACCAGUGCCAGUACUGCCGGCUGAAGAAGUGUUUAAAAGUGGGCAUGCGGCGGGAAGCGGUUCAGCGAGGAAGAAUGCCUCCAACCCAGCCGAACCCAGGCCAGUACGCGCUGACGAACGGGGACCCACUCAACGGUCAUUGCUAUCUCUCCGGAUACAUCUCGUUAUUGCUUCGGGCCGAGCCUUACCCGACUUCCCGAUACGGCAGCCAGUGCAUGCAGCCCAACAAUAUAAUGGGCAUCGAAAACAUCUGCGAACUGGCUGCUCGCUUGCUCUUCAGCGCCGUGGAAUGGGCCAGGAACAUCCCUUUCUUCCCAGAUCUGCAGAUCACAGACCAGGUGUCUCUUCUCCGGCUGACGUGGAGCGAGUUGUUUGUGCUUAACGCUGCUCAGUGCUCCAUGCCCUUGCAUGUGGCCCCACUACUCGCCGCGGCCGGCCUCCACGCCUCACCGAUGUCCGCGGACCGAGUCGUGGCUUUCAUGGAUCACAUUCGUAUCUUCCAGGAGCAGGUCGAGAAGCUCAAAGCCCUCCACGUCGACUCGGCAGAGUACAGCUGCAUUAAAGCAAUAGUCCUAUUUACAUCAGACGCCUGUGGCCUGUCAGAUGCGGCUCACAUCGAAAGUCUACAGGAGAAGUCUCAGUGCGCCCUAGAGGAAUACGUGAGAAGCCAGUACCCUAACCAGCCCAGCCGCUUUGGCAAGCUUUUACUGCGGCUGCCUUCUCUCCGCACCGUCUCUUCAUCGGUAAUUGAGCAGCUGUUCUUCGUCCGCUUGGUAGGUAAAACUCCUAUUGAAACCCUCAUAAGGGAUAUGUUGUUAUCCGGGAGCAGCUUCAACUGGCCUUAUAUGUCCAUCCAAUGAUCCGAACGAGAAAGCGAAAAAACAAGAACGUAAAAGGACCAAAAGCAACCGAACAAGAAGACUAUAUAUAGGACCUCGUUUCUGAACACCGUA